GCGGCGGUGGCGGUGGUGCUGGCGGCUGGUGCACCACAAUAACAACAGCAACAACUGGCGCAGCAUCGGCGGGCAGCGGCCGCUUUGCAACCAUAAUGGGCGCAGUCAAAUCACGCAACAUCACCAAUGCCGAUGUGGACAGAGAGGAGCAACUGCAGCAGCAGCAGCAGCAUCCGCAUCCGCCAUUGCAUCAGCACCAGAGCACACACUCCAUGCACCGCAAUGGCCAUCACAAUGCGCCGCCCGGCAUGGGCACACUCCAAAAGCAGGAUCUGCGCUACGACAUCGGCUCCAGCUCCCAGUACCAUCAUGUCCGGCAGCCGAGCGUGCGCAGUCGCAGCCAACAGCCGAUGCCCACCACCGAUGAGCUGGAUCGUCGAUUCGCCAAAGUCUUGGCUUCCAUGGAUCUGCCGCCGGACAAAGCAAAGCUCUUGCGUAACUACGAUGACGAGAAGAAGUGGGACAUGAUAUGCGAUCAAGAAAUGGUGCAGGCGAAGGAUCCACCCUCCCAUUACUUAAGCAAAUUGCGAACAUAUUUGGAUCCAAAGGCUUCGCGUAGUCAUCGGCUUUACCUCUUCUACUUUCUUUGUCAGAAACGUAAGAUGGUCGGCGAAUCGACGUCCACACAGGUGCUGCGGGAUCUAGAGAUCUCGCUGCGCACCAAUCAUAUCGAAUGGGUCAAGGAGUUCCUUGACGAUACGAAUCAGGGCUUAGAUGCUCUCGUUGAUUAUCUCAGCUUUCGGCUGCAGAUGAUGCGACACGAGCAGCGUUUGCAGGGCGCCCUGUGCGCAUCCGAGGAGCGUUUGAAUCUGAUAAACGGCCUGGAUGCCGGCGAGGUGGUGUUGAGCAACAGCUCGAUGAGUCCCGGCGGUGUUAGCGGCAAUACCAAUCUGACCAAUGGCUCCCUGCUGCUGGACGGCUCCCGACAGCAGACGGGCUCCCAUCAUUCGCAUUCCUAUAGCUUUGUGCGACCCACCAUUGGCGAGGUGCUCGACAGUCCCAGCCUGAAGCGUCGGUCGCGUCACAUUGCCAAACUGAACAUGGGCGCUGCCACGGACGAUAUACACGUGUCCAUAAUGUGCCUGCGUGCGAUUAUGAAUAAUAAAUAUGGCUUCAAUAUGGUCAUACAGCAUCGCGAGGCGAUUAACUGCAUCGCUCUCAGUCUGAUACACAAGUCGCUGCGUACCAAGGCCCUGGUGCUGGAGCUGCUGGCGGCGAUUUGUCUGGUCAAGGGUGGGCACGAGAUCAUAUUGGGCUCCUUUGAUAAUUUCAAGGAUGUGUGCCAGGAGCAGCGCCGUUUCCAGACACUCAUGGAAUAUUUCAUGAACUUUGAGGCCUUCAACAUUGACUUUAUGGUCGCGUGCAUGCAAUUCAUGAACAUUGUGGUGCACUCCGUCGAGGAUAUGAACUAUCGGGUCCAUUUGCAGUACGAGUUUACGGCUCUGGGCUUGGAUAAGUAUCUGGAGCGCAUACGGUUAACCGAGUCCGAGGAGUUAAAAGUGCAAAUAUCGGCCUAUCUGGAUAAUGUGUUUGAUGUGGCUGCAUUGAUGGAGGAUUCGGAAACGAAAACAUCUGCAUUGGAGCGCGUACAGGAGCUGGAAGAUCAGCUGGAGCGCGAAAUAGAUCGCAACUCGGAGUUCUGUUAUAAAUUCGCCGAACUGGAGACGGAGAAUCUGACACUGAAGACGGAACGUGAACAACUGGCCGUGAUGCGGCAACAGCUGGAGGAGCAGCUGAAUGCCCUGCAACGCAUGCUGCAGCAGAACGAACAGGAGCUCAAGAAACGCGAUACGCUGCUUCACAAUAAAAAUCUGGAGCUGCAAACACUAUCGCGUUCACUGCCGCGUUCAGCGUCCAGUGGCGAUGGUUCGCUGGUGAAUGGCAGCCUGCUGACGGGAUCAGCAACAGGCACAGUUUCACCACCGCCUCCACCACCGCCACCCAUGCCAGCAACAACAGCUCCGCCGCCGCCGCCACCACCAGCGCCACCAGCACCGCCACCGCCGCCCAUGAUGCCGGGCCUGAGUCCGCUGGGCAGUCCGAAUGGCAGCGUAACUUCCACAGCUCCCUCGCCGCCACAUGCCCCGCCCAUGCUGAGCUCCUUCCAGCCACCGCCGCCACCAGUGGCAGGCUUCAUGCCAGCUCCAGAUGGUGCUAUGACCAUCAAGCGCAAGGUGCCCACCAAAUACAAGCUGCCCACGCUUAACUGGAUAGCGCUCAAGCCGAAUCAGGUUCGCGGCACCAUAUUCAAUGAGCUGGACGACGAGAAGAUCUUCAAGCAAAUCGACUUUAACGAAUUUGAAGAACGCUUCAAAAUCGGCAUCGGCGGUGGUCUGCACAAUGGUAGCAAUGGCAGCGAGGUGGAUGGCGCCCUGUCCUCCUAUCCCAGUAAACGUUUCAAGAAGCCUGAUAAUGUCUCCCUGCUGGAGCACACGAGGUUAAGAAACAUAGCAAUCUCUCGUCGUAAAUUGGGCAUGCCCAUUGAUGAUGUUGUUGCUGCCAUACAUAGUUUGGAUUUAAAGAAGCUAUCGCUGGAGAAUGUGGAGCUGCUGCAAAAGAUGGUGCCCACCGAUGCGGAGGUUAAGGCCUACAAGGAGUACAUAAUUGAGCGUAAGGAUCAGCAGCUACUCACCGAGGAGGACAAAUUCAUGUUGCAAUUGUCACGCGUUGAACGCAUCUCCUCCAAGCUAGCCAUUAUGAACUACAUGGGCAACUUUGUCGAUAGCGUACAUCUCAUUAGCCCGCAAGUUCAAUCGAUUGCCAGUGCCUCCAACUCGCUGAAACAGUCGCGCAAGUUCAAAGCUGUGCUGGAAAUUGUGUUGGCCUUUGGCAACUAUCUCAAUAGCAACAAGCGUGGUCCGGCCUACGGCUUUAAGCUGCAGUCGCUGGACACUCUGAUUGACACUAAGUCAACCGACAAGCGCUCCUCGUUGCUGCACUACAUUGUGGCCACGAUUCGGGCCAAAUUUCCCGAGCUAUUGAGCUUUGAGUGCGAACUGUAUGGCACCGAUAAGGCGGCAUCUGUGGCAUUGGAGAACGUUGUGGCUGAUGUCCAGGAGCUGGAUAAGGGCAUGGAGCUGGUGCGUAAGGAAGCCGAGUUGCGUGUUAAGGGCACGCAAACACACAUACUGCGGGAUUUCCUAAACAACAGCGAAGACAAACUGAAGAAGAUCAAGAGCGAUCUGCGAUUGGCGCAGGAUGCGUUCAAGGAGUGCGUCGAAUACUUUGGGGACUCCUCACGCAAUGCGGAUGCAGCGGCAUUCUUUGCAUUGAUUGUGCGCUUUACGCGCGCCUUUAAACAACUCGACCAGGAGAACGAACAGCGCCGUCGGCUGGAGCAGGCGGCUGCUUUGGCGGCAUCGAAAAAGGAAAGUGAUCAGGUCAUGCUGCGCAACAAGUUCAGUCAGAAAAAGCAACAGUUGCCUACAACUUGCGCACUCUCCUUGCAGGAUGCCGUCAUCAAUGAGCUGAAGAGCAAAACGCAUUCGGUGCGGGAAAAGAAGCUGCUGCAGCAGGACGAGGUCUACAAUGGAGCGCUGGAGGAUAUACUUCUGGGGCUCAAGAGUGAGCCGUAUCGAAGGGCGGACGCGGUGAGGCGUUCCCAACGCCGACGCAUUGACAAUAAUCGCUUGUCGCGCACGAUGGAGGAAAUGGACUGCUAGGCUAGCUGCCUGGCAGGGCAAUGGCAAAAAUCAAAAUUCAAAAGCGAUGGGAAAAACGAAUAUGUAAACGUCUUAUAUAAAGAAACUGCAAUAUGUGAUUGGGCGAUUUAAUUGUUUGGAUACACACAUACACACACUCAUAUACACACUCGUACACACAUUCCCGAACCCCUUUUACCCUUGUGCUAUCAUUCGAAUAUAUUUUUCGUUAUUAUUUUGCAUAAUAUAUCUUUAAAUAUCCAGUA